AUGAUCCACUCCACGCUCCCUCACAUCUCCGAGACUCCUACUACUAUUCAAUUUCUCAAACGAGGGAUGGAGUCCGGAAACGAAGUUGUUUUAGAGGACGAAAGCGGUGUUGCUGUUAAUGAAGAUCCGAAUGUGAAAAAAGAGGAAGAAAACUCAAAUAAAGUCGAGGAGCCCCUUAAUUCAACAGGAGUUGAAGUGAUUGUAUCGUCUGACAUUAGAGGGAAAAGCUCCAUUACAGUUUCAACUAACGACACUACUUCAAAGAACAAGAAAGUAACUAAAAACAUCCCUAGUACUCGUUCUUCCUCUCGCAAUCCUAAGUCAAAUCCGUCUCAGAGUUCAUCUUUUCCUGCUAAAACCCCAAACCCUAAUUCCAUGAAGACUGCCAUUGCUGGGCACCCUGUGAAACCACGAAUUGAGUCAAAAGGUAAAGCCACAUUAACCAAUGGAGCUGGCUCAUCAAGAUCUUCUAGUUUGUAUACAGCUAAUAGGAGAGCUUCUGUUGGAGUGAAGUCUACAGAAGUGACUGCAAAGAGUAGUGGUAUGGCUACCCGGAGAGCCAGUUUACAUUCAGUCACAGGCCUACACACCUCAAGGCCCAAAAAAUCCAAUGGAAAUGAAGACUGCCCUCCUUCUGAAGACUCCUUAUCAGUUAAUCAACAUUCAAAACCAAUCAAAACCGCAGUUAGAGAAGAUGAUGACACUCGUUCCUCUACCUCAUCAGGGCAACAUAGGAACAUUGCCUCCGGCUUUUCUUUCAGGUUGGAUGAACGUGCUGAAAAGCGAAGACAGUUCUAUUCAAAGUUGGAGGAAAAGACUCAUGCAAAGGAAAUGGAGAAGACUAAUUUGCAAGAAAAGUCAAAGGAAAGCCAAGAAGCUGAGAUCAAGAAAUUAAGGAAGAGUUUAACAUUUAAAGCUGCCCCACUGCCAAAGUUUUACAAAAAAACCCCCUCCGAAAGUAGAACUGAAGAAGAUGCCACCCACACGUCCAAAAUCUCCAAACCUGGGCAGAAACAAGAGCGCUGUGGCUGA